AUGGUGCUGUGUUAUGUCCCAACAUAUUUUAAAGAUUCAAUAAAUAUGCCGAAAGUCAAGAUCACUUAUUUCAACUUGAAGGGACUAGCUGAAGGGAUUCGCCUUCUUUUGACUUACGGCGAUCAGGAAUUUGAAGACGUCAGAAUUGAAAGAAAAGACUGGCCAGCGUUGAAACCAACAACACCAUUCGGUGUACUACCUUUUUUGGAAAUUGAUGGCAAGAAGUAUUCACAAAGUUCGGCCAUUGGUCGCUAUCUCGGAAAAAAAUAUGGUCUCGCAGGGAAAGAUAUCGAGGAGGACUUCGAGAUCGACCAGAUUUUAGAUUUCUUCAAUGACAUUCGCAUUAAGGCUGCAGCAGUAUUCUUCGAGACUGAUGAAAAGAUUCAAGUUAAAAAGCAAGAAGAUCUAGAGAAAAACUACUACCCAUUUGUUCUCAAAAAGUUAGAUGAUAUUAUUGCCAAGAACAACGGACAUGUAGCACUUGGAAAGCUAACAUGGGCGGACUUUAUAAUUGGUGGCUGUUACCCAGCUUUCAAAAAACUUAUCAAAAUUUCCAAUUUUGAUGAACAAUAUCCAAACAUCAAAAAGCCUCAAGAGAAAUUGCUGGCCAUUCCAAAACUUAGAGCUUAUUGCGAAACUGCGCCAGUCACGGAAUGG